GUCUUCAUGAAACAGUACGAGCGUUAUACGACAGCUCUAACGGCGUUCCAGAAUCCUGUCAAUCAACCGUUCUGCAUGCCCGUCUCUGCCUGCAUCGAAGGCGACACGCACCAGCGGAUCGCCCUGUUCGAGUUCGGAUGCUCUCCCCACGAGAUAACGGAAGAACAAUGGGUCAACUAUUUCCUACAAGCCAAAGUCUCGACGUUUCGCAACUAUGUCGCCAUCGACGCAGAGAUGAAGACGCUCAGGAUGGACGUCAGCCUUCGCGAAGCUCCAUCACGCAUGAACCGACUGACGCGCGAUCUGUACGUGAAGUUAGAAGCCCACAUCCUGUUGCAGGAGAUGUUCACGGAGGCACCACGCAUGAUCGUUGGAUAUCUCCUCGAGGCCCUCGAGCCCGAAGGAUUUCGAGAAAUCUUUCGCCACCAGCUUACGCUGGAAACGCACAAGGCGAAGAAAAAGCAGAUAGUCCCUUUCUGCAAGUGGGUCAGCGGGAUGCUUGAGCAGUACAUGCAAUGGAAUGAUAUGCCCGGCUGCAGAAGCUUACGCCCACCGUAA